AUGAGCGGCAGCUACCAGUUCAAGCUCCGCGACCAGCGGAUCGGCAUCUCGCCGGCGGCUCUGAAGCGCGGGCCAGAGACGCCGGCCAGUCGCGCGGCCACUGGUGGGGAUCUGGACCCACUUUUGCGUCGGCGCUGUGCCGGGAGGGAGUGGGCCCAGCUGGGGUACACAAAAUCUCAAUGCAUGGGCCGUGCCGGCGCCGGCCCAGGAUGGUGA